UCCUAGCUAGCAUAUCAAAAAUUGUAAUAGCGACUUUUGUGGAGAAUUUAUUUUAACACCCUAUCAAGUAGGGCAGUAUGCGAUUUGAGACACGAUUUGUGCCACAGUCGAUCUGUAGCAGUUUCACUUCACGCUCUGUAUGUUCACAUGAAUGAUUCAUGUAGAAUAGUAUAUUGUACACACAUACAUAUUUGAAUAAAGCAGCGAAUGCGCUGUUAAUUGUGAUUCAAGAGCCCUAAUGAUUUUACAGAGGCUAACGUGCAGGGCAGUAAGCUUUCACCUUUGUGCCAGUGUUGGAUUUAGCUGGAGAGCAUCUAAGAUGGCCAGACCAAGCUCUGAUCUGGCAAAAUUUCGUAAAGAUUUUGCUAAGGCCAAACACAUAGCAAUAAUAACUGGAGCUGGAGUGAGUGCAGAGAGUGGUGUGCCAACCUUUAGAGGAGCCGGUGGCUUUUGGAGGAAAUGGCAAGCUCAGGAUUUGGCCACCCCUGGUGCCUUCUCUCGUGAUCCAUCUCUGGUGUGGGAGUUUUAUCACUACAGACGGGAGGUGAUGGGUAGUAAGGAUCCGAACGCUGCACACCUGGCCAUAGCAGAAUGUGAGGCUUUUCUUAGCCAGCAGGGGCGCUCUGUAGUGGUCAUCACCCAGAACAUUGAUGAGCUGCACCAUCGAGCUGGUUCCAGAAAUGUCCUGGAGAUCCAUGGUAGCCUGUUUAAAACUCGCUGUACAAGUUGUGAUGAAGUCAAGGCCAACUAUAAGAGCCCGAUCUGCCCUGCUUUGGAGGGAAAAGGAGCACCUGACCCCAAAGCUCAGGAUGCCAGAAUACCAGUGAAGGAUCUGCCCAGAUGUGAGAAUCAAGGCUGUGGUGGUCUUUUGAGACCUCAUGUAGUGUGGUUUGGAGAAUCGCUGGAUCCUGACGUUCUGACCAGAGUGGAUCAGGAGCUGGAUAAAUGUGAUCUUUGCUUGGUGGUGGGUACGUCUUCCAUAGUUUACCCAGCAGCCAUGUUUGCUCCUCAGGUGGCAGCGAGAGGAGUGCCUGUGGCUGAAUUUAACAUGGAAUGCACACCUGCCACCAACCGCUUUAUGUAUCAUUUUGAGGGUCCGUGUGGCAGCACCCUGCCCCCUGCCCUGGCAUGUGAUGAAAGCAAAGAUGUCUAAAGGGAUUCAUCUUCCAAAAAAGCCUGGUUUUACAGAACACUAUAAAAUGGUCUUUAAUAUUUAAUUAUAAUUGUCUCCUAACGUGCACCUGAAAUUAUGCAGAACCUUUUAUUUCAAUUAAGGGGUCAUUUGUUCUGUAAUUUGCAGUUAAAAUAUCCUAAUGUUACCUGACUUUUUAAUUAUUUGUUUAAAAUCAAUACUGCAAAUGUUUAAAGCAUGAAUCAAAUCUUAAAUACAUGAACAUAUCUACUUAUUUGUUUUAAAGUCCUCAGGAUUUUAAUGAUUUUUGCAUCAGUUCUACUUCUGUGACUAAACAACUUGAAACGUAAUGCAUGGACGUUUUCUUGUAAGUUUAUUGUGGGUUUUCAAAAAAUAUGCUGCAUUAAAAAUAUAUUUACAGCCGCAUGCAGCAACUUGUUGGUUUUAAACGUUUUAUAGUAAGUAAUUAAAUUUUUUGGCAUGCCCUCCUAUUUCCUUGUUAAUAAACAUGAUUGACUAUAAUUGGUGAUGGGCGGAACAGUGGCUUGGUGGGUAGCACUGUUGCCUCUCAGCAAGAAGAUUCUGGGUUCGAGUCUUAAGUGGAGGGGUCUGGGUUGUUUCUGUGUGGAGUUUGAUGUUCGCCCUGUGUCUGUGUGGGUUUCCUUCGGGUGUUUCAGUUUUCUUCCACAGUCCAAAGACAUGCAGUCAGGUUAAUUGGAGAUACAGAACUCCCUCUAGGUUUAUGUGUGUGUGUGUGUGUGUGUGUGUUUGCCCUGUGAUGGACUGGUGACCUGUCCAGGGUGUUUCCUGCCUUUUGCCCAUUGAAUUGGACCCACUACAACCCCGAAUAGGAUAAAGCAUAGGAUAAAGCAGCGGUAAAACAAACAAUGAAUGUAUGAAUGAUUGGUGAUGUAUUUUUACUUAUACAUAUAGGGCUAGUUUGACUGCAUUCAAUAAAAAGAACAUGAAACAAUAGUCUCUUUUCAUGGUCAAAAAGAAAAAAACAAAAUGUCACCUUGUUCUUAGAGGAAAUGUAUCUAGAUGUAAUGCAAGAAUCACCAAA